AUAACCCAAAAUUUUCAAGUGACAUCAAGCAACACCAAACACGUUCACAUUUAAAUCAAAAUUUAGUUUAAAAAUCAUAAAGAAACAAAAAUGAAAGACGAAGAAUUUAAGAAAAUUGCCACUGAAUAUUUAGAAAGGAAUGAGUAUUCGUUCCUGAUAGAAUUAGUAAGGGAAACAUUCAAAUUGACAGUCAUAAAUUCGAAGCUAACUGUUAUAUCUGAAGAAAUGAUAACAUGUUUAGGUGAAUUAUUAAAUAAAUCCAUUGGUUUAAUAUCGGAAACUUUAGAUGAAAAUGUAAUUCUCUUAAUAGAACAUAUUUUUAAAGCAUUGAGAAACGCUACAGUUGGAAAUCAGUCAUCACAAAAUUGGAUAACGUCAAAUGAAUCAAUUCUGAAUGAUACUCAUACCUUUUGUGAAUUAUAUCGCGCUAUCAAUGAGCCUUACAUCAUUAGUUGCAUCUCGGUUUUAUUACAAUUUCUCAAUAACUUGGUGGUAAAGAAUCAAGAAUCUUCACGUUUGGUUUGGAACAAAUUUAAAGAAUUUAUUGGGGACUUUAUAUCUGAUAAAAAUUACUCAUAUUUUUCAUCAGCUCUAGCUUACAAUAUGCUAUACACAGCUGUAACAAUGCUUAAAGACAAUGAAUUAAUAUUAAGAAGCAUAUUUGAUGUGUAUAAGGACUACGAAAGCAACGAAUAUUUGCAUUUCUUAUUGGAAUUAUUUGUUAAAAACAAAGAUUUAAAUAUUAGCUAUGUUUCGUAUGAUACAGAACAUAGAAUAUUAUUUCUAACUAUGUUAAAAGAUUUAUUGCAAGAAAGUAGAGUUGAUGUAAACAUUAAUUUAAUCCAGACAUUAUCCAAUGAAUUUAAAGUAAAAUCCGAUUGUAUCUUAAAAACGAUUGCUGAUUAUGUUGAUAAAAUUGAACCAAUCGAAGUUACAUUACUUUUAGACGAUCUCGCAAUUAUUUCAAGUAAUGACACAUAUUUACCAUUAAUCCAAAGCGAUAAAAGUUUAUUAAUUACUUGCAUAUUUUUAUUAAAAAGUAUCCACGAAGUUAGUAAACAACCUGAUAAUAACUUCACUAUGAUGUCAAAAUUAUCAGAUUUAACAAUCUCCGGUAAUAAAGCUGACAUUACUUUGCACCCUGCUUUUGGUUUUAAAGCAUCCCUUAUACGAUUAAUUGGAAAUAUGUGUUGGAAACAUAUUGGCAAUCAACACGAAGUCCGCGAACUCGAAGGAAUACCCUUACUUUUAGACUGUUGCAAUAUGGACGCAAGAAAUCCUUUAAUUAUUCAAUGGAUCGUUUACGCUUUAAGGAAUUUGUGCGAGAAUAACUUGGAAAAUCAAAAAGCGAUUUCUUCUAUUACAAAAUUAGGCGUUGUGGAUAGCGAAACAUUGAAUGAAAUUGGGAUUACUUUAAGCGACGAUGGAAGUAAUUGUAUUAAAAUUGCUCCAUAUCCAAAUGUUUAACAGGAAAUGUGAUAAAUUGAGGAUGUAAUUAAUGGGUUGGGUUUUCAGAUUUUUUUUUGAUUAAAGGAAAAUAUAUAUAUUUAAUAUUU